GGACCUGCAAUAAAGUCAGUGAGUUGGGAGUAGUGGAAGCAGGUAGUUGUCUCUCAUUACGACUCUACGUGACGUGUUUCAACAGAGAAAAAAAAGUAUUUGCAGGACACAAUUAAGUGUUGAUUUAUCGCAAAUUUUGUAAGAAUUUUAGUGUAGCUGUCGUCUCUCAACAUGGAAGGAAGGUUGUUUUUAGUGGUGCUCUGUGUUCUCGUGUCUCAUGGGCUUACCGCGUCAGUCAGAUCUGUUAAAGGAUCACCCCCACUUGGCGAAAGAGUUAGCCAGGAGGAAUGUUUGAGCAAAGGAAUACGGUUGCUCGGCAACGGAUCCGAAUCAAAUGCUACUCUGACCAGGAGAUCGUCAAAUCAAGAUGAUAAAGCCCUUACUGCUCUAUUCGCUGGACAGAUGCAGUUUAGUUUGAAUUUCUUCAAGAAGGUCUUUGCUGCAACCCAGUCCGAUGUGCAGUCUAAAAGUGCCAGUGAAAACCUUUUCUUUUCUCCAAUGAGUAUAUACUCGGCAUUGCUCUUGGCCUAUUUCGGCGCCAAUAAUCGCACUGAGGAUCAGCUGACCGAAAUUUUAGGACUUCAGAAUAUGGACAAGGUCGGAGCGGUACAGGCUUACAAGCUAGUAAAGUUUACUCGUCAGUUGAUGCGCGUCGCUGGACUAGUUAAAUAUGAUUUUGAUAUUGCGAAUCGUUUUUACUUCAAUGAAGAUGAGAACAUUCGCCCGUGCAUUAAGGACAUUUUCAACGAAGAUAUCGAAAUGCUGAAUUUUGCUUUUCAACCAGCUGAAUCUAGGACUCGCAUUAAUCAGUGGGUUGAGGACAUUACGCGCAACAAAAUUAAAGAUCUGGUUACAUCUGACACCAUCAACGCCAACACUAGAAUUGCUUUGGUUAACGCGGCUUACUUUAAAGGUCAGUGGGCCUCUCAGUUCAAAGUAGCCAAUACUCGGCUCACCUCCUUCGCCAUCAACAAUAAGGAAGAAGGUGUUGCCAAUAUGAUGUUUCAAAAAGGACGCUUCCGCCACGCUGCCGUCGAAGAGUUGCAAGCCAACCUGUUGGAAAUGCCUUUUCUGGGAGGUGACGUCAGCUUCUUUGCAUUGUUACCCGAAGGUAAUAAUGGACUGGAGGAAACCGUGAGUCGUCUGACGUUGGAUACCUUGCGCAACGCGAUGGCCAGCACCUUUCCUUUGACUGUGGAUGUCGGUAUUCCUAAAUUUCGCCUGGAACAAACUCUUAGUCUCCGUAAUGUUUUAGUCAAGAUGGGCUUGACAGACAUGUUUGACUCAUUGGCGGCAGAUUUUUCCGGUUUCAACGGUGUUCCCGGACUGAAAUUUGAUGCAGCUACACACAAAGCUUUCAUUGAGGUGAAUGAAGAAGGAUCUGAAGCAGCCGCUGCUACUGCUCUUGUCGCUUUCCGCAUGGCUCGACCUGUGAAUGUAGUCCAGUUCAUUUGUGACCAUCCGUUCAUGUUCUUCAUCUAUGACAACCUCUCCGAAAGCAUUCUUUUCAUGGGAGUCUACAGAAAUCCAAAGUAGUGACUAAUAGGGCAUGUGAAAAUAUUCCUACGCGAAGCCCCAUUGAUUUCUUAUUUAUUGCUACUGCACACUGGUUGGUUGGUAGUUUGCAUUGAUCUAUUUUUCCUACCUUCGCGUGAAAUGAUAUGUAAUGUGCACAAAAUAAUAAAUAAUAUCCGUCGAA